GCUAACUUCUCAACACUUAACAGAACAUCUCGGCCCGGCUCCAAACACUGCCAGCACACCCAUUAGGAGGAUUAUUAUGCGUCCUAAAGCUGCCGCUGCUGCCGCUUCUUCUUCUUUACGCUGCGCUUCAUCAGUUUGAGUGUCCAGGGACAUGAAACUCAUUCCACAGCAAGCUCCAUUGUAUGGGCAGUGUGUUAUCACGGUACGGCUCUCUGAUGAAGAGCUGGCUGCGGAUGAGGAGGGCGUGGACUAUUUCCUGCUGUUUGCUGGCAGCACACAGAGGCACCUGACCAGCACCUUAAGGAGCAAUCAUGACACCUUGCACGCACUGUGUCCUGCUCAUGACUGUUGCGAGGUGGUGUUAGUCACCUUGUGUUCAGUCAGCCGAGGUGUCCCCGAGGUUGCAGAGGACCCGAAGCCCUGUCUGGGUCGCGUGGCUCCAUUGGCUGAGCAUCGAUUCAGCUUUGUCCAGGAUUUGGCUUUUGACAUGGCCCAGUUCCUGGUGAGCACCGCGGGCCGAGCUGACGGCCUCGAUGGGGCACUGCUGCUGGAUGAGUUUCAGAUUCCCCUGCAGGAGUGUGAACGUCUGGAUGAGAGCCUGGCGCUGGCACUCCGCCACCUUGCACUGCCUCCAGGAUGGAGCUUACUGGGGAGAAAACUAGCCAACAGCACCGACCUGAAUCCUCAGGAGACUCUGCUGCAUUUCUCAGCACGUCGAGGUCUUUUUCGGGUUACGAACUUCUUGCUGCAGCAGCCUGGAGCGAGAGAAGCACUGCAGUUGGCCAACAGAGCAGGCCACAGCCCCUCCACCGUUGCAGCCUUGCGAGGACAUGAACGCCUCCACGAGCUCCUCAUAAAGGCUGAGACGGACACGGAGACGGACAAAGGGACUGAGAUUGUCCAGCUGGUCUCUACGGACGCCAGGGUAGUUUGCCACUUCCCCAGGCUGAACACACACACUCUGACGCUGAGCAUCCACCCCGGCCACGACCCUCCGACCCUUCAGAGGAGCGUGGAGCAGCUGCUGCACUUGAUAUGCCAUCUCCAUGCCAAGAGAGUUUCUGUACUGGAGGUGCAGUUUGAUUCACUGCAUACAGCUGCUGAAUGCUGUGAUGGUGUAGAAACAGAGAUAACCUGUCUGGAGCUACUACAGCAGCCGGCUCUAGCAUCACAGUGCCUGGAUGCAACAGGAGGGAGCUGGAUAGAAAACUGCUCAGAGGAAAGCAGCAGUAGUGUUGACUGUGAACAUGGUGAGUCUGGGAAUGCAGAGAAAGACUGGAGUUUGUCUGUGAGUACUCCAGCAUCAGAGGUACGUCCCCAGGAGCAUGGCCUUGGCCAACCAGAGGACUGGGUGGGUCCUAGUUCAAACACUGAGAGAGAUUACUGCCAAACGGAGGAGGAGGGAAGGGAGCAGCCUGUUGUUUCCACUCAGAGUUUGAGUUUGUGUGACAGAAGUGAAGGAGCACAGAGUGGGGCAGAAGGGGAAAGCCUCACUGUGGGAAUCCUACCACCAGCAGGCUGUGAUAAACAGGCAGGGGAAACUGAUAGAGGACAGGCUGUGAUCCGGGAAGGACAGGAGGCCACGAAGGGAAAGGAAAUAUCAGAGCAGGAAGAAGAGGGCAGCGCAUCUAGAAGGAGGGAGGAGGAGACCAACUCAGAGUCAGCAGAUCUUAUAACGCCCAGUGGAGACACAAAAGUUUCCGUCAUGGGCCAGUCCCCCUCAUCAGAGGGCUCUGAGGGAUCUGACACCUCUGAUUCUGAAAUGAAGGAGUGCUGUCAGGAAGGAGAGAAUGUCAGGAAAGAAGAGGUGAAGCUUAGCCAGGAGCUCUGUCACAGGCUUUCUUUAGAUGAGGAGAGGGCUGAGAGUGAAUGGUUAACAGAGCCUGUAUCAACCCCAGGGGACCUCCACAACCCAUCACUGAUAGACUGUGGUGAUGUAAUCGAGGAGCUUGACUCUGCUGUUCCACGUCUCUUGAUAGAAGGGCUCCACGAGGGGGAACCUCCGCCAGACAUAAACAGCCUGGAACAAAACCAGGAAACAGCUGUUGGGGAUUACGCUACAGAGCAGCAGUGGGGCUUGGCUCCAGAAACUGGUUGUCAUUCUGGGAAUUGUGCUAGAACAGCCAGUGGUAAAGAGCUAGAUAGUGAAGACAUAGCUGAACCUUCUGGAUACAGUAUUGAAAGAAGCAGUUUGCCUAGUUGUGACGAGCCCAGUAACCCCAAGGAAGAUAUACGGACAGAUCCAUCACCUGAAAUGACGUCCAGUCCCAGUAAUAGAACUGCUGAUCCUGAUUCAGGGAUGACCCAUGGCAUCUCCAGUGAUGAUGAUGGCAGCUUCCGAUCAGUCGGAAGCUCCACAACAGAGAUAUUCCACCCCACUCAGGACAAUGCUAGUAUGGAGGAUCAGGACUUUCUUGAAACCAGGUUAGCAGAACCGCUCUCGACCGGAUUCAAGAUGGAGGAACAAAAUGAUUUAAAAGCUGGUGAAAACCAAGAACAUUCACUAGCUGUGGACGCAGGGCUCCCCUCAGGGCUGAGCAGUGGCAGUGCACUGACAGCAACAGACUGCAGCCAGACUGGCACUGAGCCUGAAUUACAACUGUCACCCAGCCUCCAGACAAUGGAGGCUUUGAAUACUGAGGAGACAGGAGAGAAUCUCACUCCAGAACUUUCCAAAGAGUAUCUGUCCUUAGGACUGGCCUUGUCAGAGAGUGGGAACCCUGCAAUGGUGAAAUUUGAUAAAAGUGGAACUGAAGAGACCAGCGACUCUGAACCGAAUGCAGGGAUUGAGCAUUUGGCAUCAGAGGUCACCAGUAGGGUCUUAUUAAAACCCAGUCCACCUGUUGUAGAAGAAUGUGAAGUGAUUGACCCAGUUGCAGAAGACCAUCGACCAACACAGGCCGGUGAUAAAUCUGCAGUGGACCCAGCUGGAAAGAGCGGAGAUGUGCAUUUGGUGCUACAACAACCCAAUCAGGAUAAUUUGGAGAUGACGACAGAUGAAAGGUCACCUGAUGACGGAUUAAGGCACUCAAAAAAUCAGACUGAUGUAUCUUCAUCACAAGGUGUCACUCCACUUUCAGACAGUGCUGAUGUCAAUGCCUUGGAAGUUGAACCACUGUCUCCAAACGAUGGAGCAUCUGGUGAACCUCAUGUUGAGACUGAGAUGACUGCAAAUCCAAAGACGCUCGACACAGUGGAUGGAGCCUCACAAAGUGCAAUUCAAGCGGUGGAAGGUAUCAUGUAUGAAGAAACUGGAACUGGUGCAGGGGAGGAAGAGAAUGGCCCAACAGAUGAAACAGACGUCAUCACGAUCCACCGAGACAGAGAGGCGUCGUUCCAUCAGCCCUGCAACACUCUCCACUCAGGAUCCUCGCAGUCUUCAGUGUCUCCCAGUUUGCCCAGUAGAACCAGCAGUGCCACCAGCUGUCCCCUCACAGCUCACAGAGACUCAGGCAGUGACAUAGAAAGCUUUCUGAACACAGAGCCGGGAUAUGACAGCGUCUUCAGAAAGAACAAUGAACCAGUGACAGGAGGAGACAGUGCCAGUGAGGUUUCCGUCUCCUGCUCGUCCACAGACGACACCGCCAGCGUCGGUCCGUCCAGCUCCAGUCCUGAGGGCAGCCAGGGCCUGGAAUGCAGUUGGAGCCCAGAGGAGGGCAUCCAGACUGGGGCUACUAUCACUGCAGGACCAGACAGUUGUGGAGGAGGAGGGGCGGGGGAAGCUGAAGAAGAGGCUAAAGACAGAGUGACGGAGGUGCCUCGCCGCUCUUGUCUCCUCCGGAACAGCAUCCGCUCCCUUUCGCCUCUUCGCCGCCACAGCUGGGGUCCUGGAAAGAACAACGGUGGAGACGCAGAGAUGAACCAGAGGAGCUCCAUCCGUAGCCCUGGUGAUGGGAAGCCAAGCUUCCACAGGAGAAGCUACAGCCUGGAGGGGCUCAGUGGUGGGCAGGAGGAGCUGAGGGGUCCCACCACCCAAGGGCCCCGAAUCCUGGAGCCUUUAAGGAUGCCCCGGCAUGACAGUGAUGACAGGGGCUCCCUGGUUUCUCUGACAGAGGAGCAGGAGGAGCUGGGGGAACAAUCCAGACUACACGACCCGAAAUCAAGGCGGUAUCGGCCUCUGCGAAGCGGCUGUCCUCCCAUGACCCUGCCCCUCACAAAGUCUGUAUCCAUGCUCGCCAUCAGCCAGAGAGACAUUGAUGGUAUGAGGUCGUUUUCCAGCACCUCUGGGUCACUAGCAUACAGUAUAUCAGAGGAGGAGCCUGGCCCUCUGCGGAGCGACACUGAGGGAAAGAGUGUGACGAAAGUCGGCCGGACCUUCAGCUACCUCAAGAACAAGAUGUACAAAAAGACCAGGGAAAAGGACAGAGAGAAAAAAGAGAAAGAGAAGGACAGCAAAGAGAAGGACAAGAAGGCAAUUAAUGGUCAUCUAUUCACACCAGUCAGCUCGAGCCAGGCAGCCCAGUGCUCCCAGUGCAAUAAGGCUUUCAACAGCAAGGAUGCUUACCAUUGCACACACUGUAAUGCUUCCGUCCACAAGGGCUGCAGGGACAGCCUGCCUGUUUGUGCCAAGGUGAAGAUGAAGUUGCCCAAACAGCAGUUUGCAGUGCCAGAUUCAAGCUCUUUUCCAACUGUCACGAUGAGGAACAAAUCUGGUGGGACGAGGGAGCGCCCCUGGUCGGCCAUCUUGUCACCUGAAGACCAUUCUUCCCUGAUGAUCCCAUCGUCACGGAGACACACCAGCAUCAUGACUUUCCAUGGCAACAACCUCUCGAAAAGUCUCUCCAUAAGCAACAUCGCUGGUCCUGUGUUUGAUGAGAUGCCCAUUAAAGGCCUGCGGUAUCUCUCCCAGUCUACUGACUCCCUCAACAGAACCAACCAGGUCACAGAGUCCAUGGAAUCACUCACAGAUGAAGGGACGGAGAUGAUGGACGGGCAGCUGAUGGGGGAGUUUGAGGCAGAGGCUAAGGAGCUGGAAGCUGACUCAUGGAGUUUAGGUGUGGAGCAGCAGUACCUGCAGCAGCUGGACAAAGAGCUGGUGAAGAGACAGGACGUCAUAUAUGAGCUGAUGCAGACGGAAAUGCAUCACAUUCGGACGUUGCGCAUCAUGUCAGAAGUCUACAGCAAAGGCCUGCAGAAAGAGGUGCAGCUGGAGCUGCAGACGGUGGAGAAGCUGUUCCCAGCUUUAGAUGAACUCUUGGAGCUCCACACGCAGCACCUCCUCCGCCUCCUGGAGAGGAAGAGGGAGAGCCAGCUGGAGGGUGGUAGCUUGGAGGGAGGUUUCAUCAUCAACAGGAUAGGAGAUAUCCUGGUCAGCCAGUUCUCAGGAUUGAAUGGCGAAAGCAUGAAGAGGGUUUACGGACGGUUCUGCAGCCGCCACAAUGAAGCCGUAAACUUCUACAAAGACCUCCUGAGCAAAGACAAACGCUUUAAGGCCUUUAUCAAAAAAAAGAUGAGCAGCAGUAUCGUGCGGAGGCUUGGUAUCCCAGAAUGCAUCUUGCUGGUAACCCAGAGGAUAACAAAGUACCCGGUGCUGAUUCAGAGAAUGCUACAGCACACCAAAGAAGGCGAGGAAGACUAUGACGACCUGACGGACUCUGUUCGGCUUGUGAAAGAGGUGAUCGCAGCGGUUGAUAGCAAGGUGAACGAGCACGAGAAAAGACGUCGUCUGAAGGACUUCCACUGCCGCAUGGACAGCAAAUCUAUCAUGAUGAUGAAGAGUGGUCAGAUUUUUGCCAGGGAAGAUCUGCUGAGGAGGAGGCUGAUCCACGAUGGAGUGCUGCAGCUGAAGAACAGCCAGGGAAGACUAAAGGAUGUCCAUGCUCUGCUACUAUCAGAUGUCUUCGUCUUCCUCCAAGAGAAAGAUCAAAAAUACGUCUUCGCCAUGCUGGACCAGCGCUCCACGGUCAUCUCCCUCCAGAAGCUGAUUGUGAGGGAGGUCGCUAACGAAGAGCGCGGCCUCUUCCUCAUCACAGCAGGCAUCGAGAAGCCAGAGAUGAUGGAGGUCCUGGCCAGCUCGAAGGAUGAGCGCAACACCUGGAUGCAGCUUAUCCAGGAAGCCAUGCAGUCUAUGGAGAAAGAUGAGGAUGAAGGGAUUCCCAGUGAGACAGAAGAUGACAAGAGACAGCUGGAGACUAAAGCCAAGGAGAUGAGAGAUCUGUUGAAGCAGAAGGACACAGAGAUCAUGUCUCUGCUGGAGGAGAAGGUGCAGCUCUUCAGGGGGAUGUGGGAGGGCUUGAAUCCAGGCGAGGAGGUCUGCCGGCAGGUCGAACCUUUCUUCAGGUCAGCCUGCAGCCUGGAGCCACCCAGGGGAGCGUCGGUCAUGAAGGAUGCCCUGCAGGAAGUGGAGACGCUACAGGCACUGGUGAAUGGCAGCCUAGGCGGGGCGAUGGCCAGCGUCCAGGAGGGAGGAGGCGCGGGGCCGGUGUGUUUGCCCCGUCGAGCCGAGACCUUUGGAGGCUUCGACAGUCACCAGAUGCACAGCAGUAAGUGUGGAGACAGAGACGAGAGCGAGGACGCAGCAGGAGAUCUGCGCAGGACAGAGUCCGACAGUGUUUUAAAGAAGGGAGGAAACGCCAACGUGCUGCUGCUGCUGAAGAGGAACAGUGAGCAGGUCCUGCACAGUGUGUCCAAUCUGCAUCUCCUGCUCAGCACUCUGCAGGCGGUGGUGGUUCAGCAGGACAGUUUCAUAGAGGACCAGCGGCAGGCCCUGAGCGAGCGCUCCUCCUCCUGCACGUCUUUAUCGCGGCCGAGCUCACGGCCCAGUUCACUGAUUGAACAGGAGAAGCAGCGCAGCCUGGAGAAGCAGCGGCAGGAGCUGGCAUCCCUGCAGAGACAGCAGGCAGCUCAUGCUGAGGAGAAGAGGAGAAGGGAGAAGGAGUGGGAGCUGAGGGAACAGCAGUUGACUGAAAGGGAGGGGCUAGUGCACAUACAGGAGGAUGAGGUCCUGAAGCAGCACAAGGAGCUGGAGGAGGAGAAGCAGGAGCUGCAGCGUAAGAAGGAGGAGUACCAGAAAGACCUGGAGAGGCUGAGAGACGCCCAGAAGAAGCUGGAGAGGGACAGGGAGGCUGUGCAGCGGCAGCUCGACAAGUUGGAGGAGGUCCGUGUGGCUGAGAGGACUCCCUCUACAACGUCAGAUGAAUGCCACUUCCCCGGCAGCUCCCAGUCUCUGGAGCUGGACCCGCUGGAGCUCUCCUCCUCCCUGUCGAGGCUGCAGCCCCAGAGGUCCAAACCCAAAGGGAAAGGCCUCAAUCCCUUUACCUCAUCCUCCACCAACCCCAACCUCAAGGGCAGUGAUGCCAACCAGAUCUCAAAGAGCCUGCUGCAGCUGGCCAAGAACAAGAGCAAAGAGGGGAAGGAGAAGGAGAAGAAGAAGAAGAAGGGCAAAGGCGGAAGCACGCAGACAGCAGACCCCCAGCACCUCCCAGAACCUCCUCUGGAUGGAGAGAUCUUCUUCUGCUAAGAGAAGUGGCCCUCCUCCUGUUCCUCCUCCUCCUCCUCGUCAGCAUCAUCAACCAAUAGAAAACACAGAAGUUCUGACACCCAGAGGAAUGUGUUACUGCCAAGUAGUAAUCCAUUCAUCUACAUGCAUAAGACUGCAGUUUACCACCAGACUUUCUGGCACCUUUAAAAUAACCUCGAAAAGAUUUGUAGCUCAUUUUCUGUACCACAGUGUAGAGCUGUUUCACAUUUCAUGCAAGACAAAGGAAAGGACAGGAAAUUUAUUUGUAGGGAUUCUGUUAUGGUGCUCCAUCAGGCAUACAAACUUGCAGCACAUAGGCAACAUGAAAUAGCAGUAGGUUUUUGGGAAUUCAAAACCCUCCUUUACAAAGACACCAUGCUCAUGGACUCAUUCCUUCAUUUUGUAGAUGCUAAAUUUGUGCCGGCGUAUCAGAUUGAAAGCAUUUGACAGUAGAUUGCCUCACAAGCUCCACCAAGUAUGUGACAGGUGUCCCUGCCUUUCUGUUUCUGUUUUUGUUGUGGCCCCAACCAGCCCCCUGUUCAACAGUCCGUCCUGUCAUUAAGUCCCACACCAACAGGCCGUUGUGUUCAUUUACAGAAGCCUUUUCCGUGUGACUGAACCCACACAUACAAGGACACAGAUGCACCCAAAUUCCACUUGGAAACAGAAAUGAAUGUCAACAAGCAGCGUGCGGUACUGGAAGCUCACUCACUCCAAAUUCCCCUCAUUGAUAAUUAAUAGAAGACUGAAUCCACAGAGGAAAAUCUGUGCUGUGUUUUCGGUGUUUGCUCCAGUGUUUCAUUCCAAAAUGUACAAUAUGAUCCACAAUGAAAGAUAAAUGUAGCCUAACAUUCCUUUACUCACUACUUGAAAAGCAGAUGUGAACAAAAUGGAACUGGCACAACACCUUCAGUUUUCCUCUUUAACGACUAUAUGCCAUCAAUCACGUUCCCGGGCCGGUUUUUAAUGGAUUUGAAGUAUGGAUAUCUCAACUUUGGAGUGAAGCUCUUCAGAUGUCAGUGUCUGUCUGUUCCUUCAGACUCAACAGUAAUGAAAGGAUUGAGGCAUAUCUCCCUGUGUCUAAUGGCUCAAUUCAUAUCCUUCCGUGUGUUUUAGAGCCUUGGAUGGAUAUUAGCUUGAUCCUCGCUUCAUCUGCCUGUCAAUGAGCUUUUAUUCAACCCUUAUCUUUCAUCUGAGUGACGAUGAGCGGGCCUUUCCUUCGUUUUUUAAUUGCAUGUAACUCUGCAGGUAGCAUACUAAUGGUUUCUGUCUAAAGAGUUCAACUUUCUCUGUCAGCCUCCCUCUUUUACUUGUGAUAAUAGACUCAGUAGCUCCACACUGCUGCUGGUUUUAGGAAAUGGAGGCAGUUAAUUUAGGGACAAAGCAGCCGGUUAGAGUAAAUGAGAAAGGACAUUAAUUUAAAAAACCAAAAGAUGUUAUGUGUCCCUGACUGAACCUGCACAGCAGGUACCACCUGAGUCUCUGAUCAUUUCAAAUGAAUCAACGCUCAUCAGUGUUGUUAAGCACUUUGGUCCUAAUCCGUUGAUGCAUUUUUGUGUGUCAUCAGUGGGAAAUAUCAAUCAGUGAGAUCUUUGUAUUCUGUGCAACUUUUUAAUCGAGGGCACUGACGCUCAUGAGAAGCAAAAAUGAUCCAAAGUGAGAUGAAUUAGAAAUGAUACUGUGGUUUUGUUUUGUUCGUGUUCAAAAGAAGAACGGGCCGGUAGCUUUUAUGUAAUGUUUUCAAGGUUACCUGUCUGACCUGUCUUAUUUUUAAGCCUGAGUUUUAGCCCCACUGAGCCCAGAUUAUGGGCCACACAACUACCUGCUGGACAGGUAGGAGGGAAAAACAGAGGAAGAAAAACAAACAAAAAAACAAAACAUUUCCAGUGAAUUACAGAGCAGCGCUGCGGAACUGCUUUCUUGCUGCCUCUUCUGUCUCAUCUUUAAGUGCUUGUUUGUUAACUUGCCGUCUGUGAUGAGGAUUUGACUUCAUGUCCAGGCUGGUUUAUUAUAGUGUGUCUUCUAAGAGGCUUACAGGGCCAGCCAAUUAGUUGCUUCAUGUCUUUUGUUUAUGGUUUUGGUGUAAUCCUGUCAAAGAAACAGAGGAAUGUGCCCCCCCAAUCUGUCGCUUUAGGUGUAUUUUGACCACUAGGGAGCACUGCACCUAUGACUAAAUUAGUUCCCUCUCUCACACAACAACAACAACCAGAAAGUAAGAAACUGUUUUUUGUUUUUUUGUUUUUUUCGUUUUCAUAUAUUCUUCCUGCUGUGAGAAACUGACAUAUUUUUCUCAGCAGCUCAUUGCCACACGGAGAUAAUGUGAUGAGCGUGGGCUCUCACACUCUGUGAUAUUUUCCCCACGGCAUUUGUAAUUGACUGCAGAAACAAAUAAGUUGUCAGAGAUUGUAAUUGGUUAUUCAGUGAAACCAGUCAGCAGCAGCUUUAAUGUGAGAAAAGACGGUCUAAUGGUUGGAGGGAGCGACCGGGCAGAACCACAAACCUCUCUCUGUAAGGGACAAUCAGCAGACCCGAGUCAGGAGAAUGAACCCCCUCCCCGAUGAUGAUGUGCCUGUCCAUGAGACGGGUGUGUCCAUCAGGUGAACCCUGCGUAGCCUUAAAUCUUAAUGAUAAAAUGCACUAGAGUAGAACCCAGCAUCUUCUCAGGAGAGGGAGGAGAGCUUUUAUACCUCUGCUUUGAAACGAAGGAAAUGUUUGUACUAUAAAAGGGGUACAGAACUGUUUCACUCCCAAUAAUGUAAAAAAAAAAAGGGCAAAGACGAAUGUGUAAAUAUGAUUUCUGUAUGAAACAAAUCAAAUGUAAAAAAUUGUUUUGUUGGUGAUUUAUUGCAACAUUUUGUAAGAAUGUUUUAUUUAUGUUUUAUUCUCACCCUUGUGGUGAUGUAAAGUCACACUUCUCUCGUAAUAAAAAAAACAUCAGAAUGGA